CAUUGGCAGAGCUUUUGUAAUGUCAGCCACAAAGGCUAACAAACUCUGGAAGGCCCUAUGCGCGCGGCUUGCGUGGGAUCAGGCCAGCAGGAGAUUUGUGGGGGUCUAUUUCGCAGCCGGCAGGGGCCGGGCAGCCUUUAGUCUAGCAUGAGACAGCCAAGGGUGAGCACCCGAGUUUUCACACACUAAAGGUGCGAAGGGGAGAACGCACUCCGGGGAUAACACCAACCGAGACAGCGGGAGAGCGACAACCACCACCAUGCACCAGACCAGUUACACGCACGAGGUGCGCAAGGAGAAGUAUGAGCGCUCCGAUGUAUUCGAGGAGCCCUACGGCCCUGACGCGUCGGCGGGCGCCUCGGCCAUCCAGGGCUGGGAGAGCCUGCAGGAACUCAACAGCCGUUUCGCCCGCUACAUCAACCGGGCACGCGUGCUGGAGCAGCGCAAUGCCGUGUUCCGGAAGCAGCUAGAGACGCUGCAGCGGAUGGAGGAGGCUAGCGGGCUCGAGGAGGCCUUUACCGAACAGAUUGGCCUGAAUCAGCAGCGCAUCCGGGAGCUCUCCGCUGACCGUGCCAAGCUUGAGCGAGAGCUGAAGGACUCAUGCCGCAUGUUGGACGAGUUCACCAACAAAUACAGAAAUGAAUGUGAGUAUCAAGAACAGCUGCGGGGUACACUGGAACAACUCAACAAGGAGGCUGACCAUGCCCUGUUGGGGAACCUGGAGUUUCAGAUCCAGUCCCAGUUCCUUCAGGACGACAUCAACUCCACCAAAGACAGACACAGGAAGAACCUGGCAGAGAUCCAGACCUAUGUGAACAUCCUGCACCAGAUCAACCAAACAAUAUCCCUGGUGCCCAACGUGGCUGUGGGCAUCUCUGAGGAAAAGCAGCUGGCCCAGAGGAGAGUUCCAGCCCUGCAAAGCCAGCUGGAGGAGUACAAGAGCGCCCUCUGCCAUCUCCAGGCACAGAAGCUGCAUCUGCAGACCGAGACCUCAGUGUUGGAGAAUUCCAUCAAGAGCACCCAGGAGAGCUAUGACGAUGAGAUCCAGCUGUACAACGAGCAAAUUGAGUCUCUGAGGAAGGACAUUGAGGAGGCCGAGAGGUCCCUGGAGAAAUACACCAACGAGUGCCGCCACCUGGCCAUGUACCAGAUCUCCCUGGAGAAUGAGCUGGAGAGGUACAAGAGGAUCAUUGAGAAUGAGGACAACAGGUUGAAUUCAGCGAUAAUUGGGACUCCCAUUACCUUGUUCACCACCAAUUACCGGUUUACCCACACACCCACCGUGUCGAGCAGGGGCAGAGACAUCACCCAAGCCGUCCAGGACAUCAGCAGUGUCAAGCCUCGCCAGAAGAACCUGGCCAAGAAGGUCAUGAAGAAGAAGGAGAUCAGUCCCAAAGACGUGAUGGACAGUGGCCAGGACGAAAGAGUCGGUGGAGCUGAACACAUGGAGGAUGAGAAGCGAGGGAUGGAGGAGGAGGAGGACGAGGUGAAUAGGGAGAAGCAGAGUUCGCUGUACACGGGUGUGUCCCCCCAGGACGUCCCAGACGGAGCUCAGAUCAGCAAGGCCUUCGACACGCUCUGUAACAUCGUCAGAGACCGCAUGAGGAAGUACAAGAAGCCAGAGCCAAUUGCUGACUUCUAUACUAAGGGGCGCUAUGUGCUGGUGACGGGCGACGGCAGCUACCCCCACCCCCAUUUCUACACCUCCAGCCCCUCCGCUGGACACGUCUUUGUCACGAUCUGUGACGGCAUGGUCUCCCCUAAUGACCCCUUCAGCCCAUACACCCCCUCCCCUGACCCCCCUCAUCCACAGCCCAUGCCACCCCCUUGCCCCUGUAUUCCCACCCCACCUUCCGACGGAGAGGGUGGCAAGGGUGACGAUAAGGGCGGAAAAGGUGGUGGGAAGGGGAAAUCUAGGGAUGUAGAUCCUACUCCCCCCCCACAGCCCAAUCCUGCCCCAGCUCCAGGCCCUGACCCCAAAGACCCCAAAUGCCCCAGCAAUCCCUCCGGACCCAAGGGGGGUAAAGAUGACAGUCGCCGUAGGGGCCUUCCUCCCAUACCCUCCCCCCGUGGCGCUAGCAGCAUGCCCACUGACUCCAUGAGCUACGAGAAGGUGGAGAUGGUGGAGUCAGUGGAAAGGUUCUCCAACGACCGCAAGACCAAGGGCUAUGAGGAGACGGCCAUGGUGGUGGAGACCAUGAUUGAGAAGACCAGCAAGAAGAAGCACUGAGUCUGAGGAGAUUGACCUCGACCAAAAGAGCUGGACAGACUCCUCACAAGUUCCACCUCACCUUAUGCCAGCAAGAACAAACAAUGAGACCAAUAUGAGACUCUGCUAAAGACAUUCUAAAAACACUGUUCAACCGUGGAUGAGACCAACUGCUAUGAGCCAGUCCUCACAUAGGAAACUGCUAAAGACUCCUUCCACAUUCAUGACACUGCUCCUCCAUUUACUCACGCUCUCUGGCUUUGUGUUCAGCAAGAGUUAGCUGGUUCCAUAAUGCUGCUGUUGUUGUUUCUACCUACGCCAAUACCUUAUGCCUUUACUGUCUGAAAACUCAAAGUACCAGCAUCUAAACAACAGAACAAGCCCUCUCGCCCCCCCCCCCAAAAAAAAAAUAAAGUGAAUAAAAACAUGACUUUGAUGUGUGAAAAAAAAUGGAUUACAUGCUCCUGCCCUCAUGGAUGUUUGCCACCCUUCCAAAUCAAACCUUAACCCAAACCUCCACCCAAGACUUAAUUUGCUCAAUUGAAUGCCAUUGACCUCCCUCGACACAGUCUUGCUGUGUAUAAAACUGCUUUAAUAAUAAAAAAUAAUCACGUUUCACAAGCAUAAAGCUCUCCUGUCUUUGUGUUUUAACGUUAAGACCGCUGUUAUGACACACGGUUGCUUUACAAACAAACGCCCCGCCCCCAGUCCUUCUCAUCAUCUCAUGUAGUUCCAAAAAAGAUGAAAAGAUUCAUAUUAUAUUAUUUGAAUAAUAACAGCUGAUGUUUCAUAUUUGUACUUUAUAUGUACUGUAUGCAGUUUAAGCACUCUUUUACCUGCUUUCUAAAGAUGAUUGAAGGGUAGAGGCGAUGGAUGCCUCGUUUUUAUCUGAUCACCCUGUUUUACUUAGAUACUAGAGUAAUAUGAAUUGCACCAAAGUGAGGACACUACACUAAGUAAGCUAGUGCAGUGUUUAGUAAACAUCGGGAGUCUCCCAGCCCAGAGUGAAAGGUGUUACCUUGAACUCUGCAGCUACUGAAGGAAAGACAUGAAUGUUUCAUUGGGGUGAUCUGGAGGAGCAGACAGCGACCUCUGAACUCUGCAUAAUCCACUCUCCCUUAGAGGGACAGACAAGAGAGAGAAAAAGAGAAGGAGAGAGAGCGUGUGUGUGUGCGUGUGACAGAGAGACAAAAGUAAGACAAAAAGGGGAGAGAAAGAGAAGCUAAUAGUGUUUUAUACGAUAUAGUCUCUUUACACAGUGUGUGAUCUAAAUGUCCCUGUGCUUUGUGCUCUCGAGUUCACAGAUAAGGGCUUCCCGUUACCGCAUAGGCUUCAGGUGACUGGCAAUGACCAUUGUAAGGCAAAAUGACUUACCUUAAAAAGUGGAAUUGGAAUACAGAGGCACGUACGCAGGUUCUGACCUCUAUCUCUCUGCUGGUCUUAUUUCUCAUCCUUAUUCAAAUGACAAAGAGACUGAAGACAUGUCUGCUACCUGAAUGUGCAUUGCCGAGUGAGGCAAAUCACUUUAACAAACAGCUGAAUAGAUUUAUUAUGGUAUACUUUUUUAGGUGCACAGGCGUCAAAAUUAAUCACACGUUCCUUGUCUUGUUUAUAUAGAAACAGUUGCUUGUCACAAAAAUAUAAACAGAAAGAAGUAUCACUGCUCUGAUUGCAAGAUAUUCAACUUUAAGAAUGACACAGAAAAUCGUUUACAGUCACAAACUGUACAAUAGUUGUUUUACCAGAGGUGGAGGGGCGGGGAAAUGCAAUAACACCAUAUAGUGGAUAUAUUCUGUUUAUAUACAUUUUAGUAAAGUGUAAAAAACAUAGACAGAAAGCCAGAUGGGAUCUUUUAGUUUUCUCUAUAGAACAGAUUAUUUGAAGGUUACAUUUUUAUCAUAAUCGGAUUACAAGAAACAUCUAUCGAAAGUGGAGGGCUAAUAUAAACACAGAAAAACAAAAAGCAGAGAGAAGGAGAGAAAGUCAAUGAGAAA